AUGCACCGCGCCCGUGACGCAGACCUCUUCGAGGACUUUUGCAAGGACAGACUCCCCGAUGACGAGAUAUACGUUCCUCCCAUGCAUCAGCCUAUUAACCCUGAGGACGAAGACGACGUUGUUCCCGAUCAGCACGCCGCCUUUGGUAUUCAGCGAGCAACGCAAAAGUCCAAGGAGCCUGCGUGGAAGGAUCUGGGUCUCUCGGAGCUCAUGAAUAAGGGGCCCAGUAUUGGAACAGGUGGGAAGCCAAAGGGUGCUAGAAGCGCUCUGCCGCGAUAG